AAUGCAAAAAGAACGCGGAGAGAAACCAACAGUGGGAAAAGAGACACCGCGAGAGAUACGGUGACGACGACAACGACCACCAGCAGCCACCGGAUAUUCACGGCCGACCUGAAACGGAAUUCUACUAGCACAGUUAGGCUUUCUGUGCACUCAAUCAAGAAUGUUUUUGGUAAAUCAUUCAGAAUAAAGUCAGAAUAAAGUUUUUAUGGUCUCCUACAUAUGAGUGGGGUACUUGGGAGUGUUAUGAGUUAUGGCUGGAAAUGCAAGAUUUGAAUCGCCUUCAACCAGUGCUUCUGAGCCAGGGUUUUCUGGAAGUUAUUCAAAUGGGAAGAGGGGUGCUCAUUCAGUGGCAGGGGGGCCCAAUUUGGAUAGGUCUGGAAGCUUCAGAGAGGGCGCUGAGAGUCGGCUGUUUAGUUCUGGGAUUGCUGUCUCAAGAGGUGGAAAUAGUGCAACGGUGUCAUCAGGGAAUUUACCCCCAUUGUCUCAGUGUUUAUCCUUGGAGCCGAUUGUGAUGGGUGACCGACAGGUUGAUAGGUCAGUUGAGUUAAGGAAGGUUAUGGGGCUUUUUGUUGGAAGCACAACUGAAGAGAAUUCUUCUGGGGUUGCUGUUCCAGCUCACUCAAAGCCGGCACCUCCAGUGGCUGUCGCAGAGGAUUUAAAGCGUUUCAGAUUAAGUGUUGCGGAUACAUGUAUCACAGCUAGGGGCAGGGCAAGCAAAUUGGAUGAACACUUGCAUAAGUUGGAUAAAUACUGUGAUGGUGUAAUCUCAAAGAAACCACAGAGGAAUGAUUUAGUGACCAAUGAGCAAGUAGGUGCUUUAAACUCGAAGAUUGGAACUCAAAUUUACAGAAACCCCACAGAACUUGUAAAUCAGAGAGUAGAAGAUCGUCCUAAGAAUGUUCUUAUGAACAAGCGUGUCCGUACUUCAGUUGCAGAAACAAGGGCAGAGUUCCGGAGUAAUGGUCUAAGAAGGCAGCCUGUGGCAAUGGCUAAAGAUCGAGAUUUACUCAAGGACAAUGGUGGAGAAUCUGAUAUGUUAGAAGAGAAGAUUCAAAGGUUGCCUGCAGGAGGGGAAGGGUGGGAUAAGAAAAUGAAAAGAAAACGUUCAGUAGGCACUGUUUUCACAAGACCUAUGGAUAGCAAUGGAGAGCAAAAAAGGAUUGUUCAAAACAAGGUUGUCAGUGAACACGGGUUGCAGUCAAAUGACACCCACCCUUACAGAUUAGGAGCUUCAAAUGGUACUGGUAGCACUAGCAAGUUGGAAGGGACAUCUUUGCCUAAUAGUUCACGUGCUCGCCUGUCUCCCAGAAAUGAACUGGAUGGGUCCUGUCUUCCCAGAGAUCUUACUGCUGGAUCAAAUAAGGAAAGAAUUCUCACAAAAGGGAUCAAUAAGUUAAAUACUCGUGAUGACAAUUAUACUGCCUGUGGUAGUCCAGUGACAAAAGGGAAGGCUUCAAGGAAUCCACGUAAUGGUGCUGUGGUGGCAGCUAGCUCAGCCCCAAGUACGCCUCGUGUUUCUGGAACAUCGGAAACAUGGGAGAAUGUGACAAGUGGAAGCAAAAUCCCUUCAACUGGUGGAGCUAGCAAUCGCAAGCGUUCUAUGCCCUCAGCUUCAUCUUCUCCCUCCAUGGCUCAGUGGGUUGGUCAGAGGCCACAAAAAAUGUCUCGAACAAGGAGAGCAAAUCUGGUGUCUCCUGUCUCAAAUCAAGAAGAAAAACAGUUAUCAUCUGACAGUUGUUCACACUCUGAUAUGAGUGUUAGAUUGGCCUCCGAUGGGACCAAUGGUUCCCUUAUAUCCAAAUAUGGUACCAGUGGUCCCCAACAGCAAAAAGCUAAACUAGAGCAUGCUCAAUCUCCACAUCGGUUGUCUGAAAGUGAAGAAUCUGUUGGCGGUGAAAGCAGAUUGAAGGAUGGUGAAAGCAGAUUGAAGGACAAAGGAAAGGGAAAUAGUGAUGCAGAUGCAAAUGAUGGUCAGRAUGUGGGGCCUUUARCACUUGGAGUGAAGAUCAAGCCURUUAUAAAUGAAGAAAAUGGUGAGGGUGUGCGGAGACAAGGGCGCAGUGGAAGAGGCCCUUUAAUUGCAAGAGCUAGCUCUUCACCGGCCGGGGAGAAGUUGGAUAAUACAGCCACACCAAAGCCACUUCGAAGUAAUAGGCCUGGUUGUGAGAAGAAUGGAAGUAAGUUAGGUCGUCCUUUGAAGAAGCUCUCAGACCGCAAGGGCUUUUCACGUCUUGGCCAUUUGCAGAACAAUGGUUCUGAUUGCACAGGGAAAUCUGAUGAUGACCGUGAAGAACUGUUAGCAGCCGCAAAUCAUGCUCGUAAUGCUAGCUUACAUUUUUGUUUGACUGUUCCUGUAGAUCUAGCAUGUUCAAGCAUUUUCUGGAAAAAAAUGGAACCAAUAUUUGCUUCUGUCAGUUCAAAGGACAAGUUCUACUUAUCCAUGCAGCUAAAACCUGAGCAGGAUAUUCAGGAAAGCAUUCCUCAGUUGCAUGGUCGUGAAAUUAAUUUUGCGGUGAACCUUCCGCAUGCAGCCUCUGUAUAUAACACACAUUCUUCUGGAGAAAGAAACGUGCAUGUAAAACACCAGGGAAGUGAAUCUUUUUCUGGGAGACUUGAUUCCGAUAAAACAUCUAGAGAAUUCAUUCCAUUGUUCCAGAGAGUAUUAUCAGCACUAAUUAUAGAAGACAACAUCGAUGAACUUGAAGAAGAUACAGGAAAUAUACCACUCCAGGAUGCUUUUUGUGAUUCCGCUUAUGAUACAUUUCACCUCGAUGACUACGACCCUAGAAAGAGGGCUAGGAGGGAAAUUGAACGUGAUACGGUGUUUGGGGUUCAUGCUCAAAGCAUACAUUCUGUGAAGGUGUCUUUUUCUAGCAAUGGAUCAUGUACCAACUCUUUUAGAAGCCCUAGCAUUAACGAUUCUCCAUGUGAAGAUGUGCGUUCACAAGUUGAGCUAUUGGCUGGGAUCUCAAAUAAUUUCCAUGACAGGCCACGAGUAUUCCAGAUGGAAAGUUUUGGCAUUUCUUCAUUUGAUAGUCACUACGAACAAAUGUGUCUAGAUGACAAACUUCUUUUGGAGCUCCAGAGCAUAGGUCUAUAUCCAGACUCAGUGCCUAACUUGGAUGACAAGGAGGAUGAAGCAAUCAAGCAAGAAAUCAACCAGCUGAAGACAAGACUCCGACAACAGAAUGGUAAAAAGAAGGCAUACUUGGAGAAAAUAUGUAAAAGGGUUGGAAGCUGUUCUUUAAGGCGAGAUCUUGAGCAGGUUGCCAUAGAUAGAUUGGUGGAGCUUGCCUACAGAAAACUUCUGGCUACUAGAGGAGCUGCUAGAGCUGGGAUUCCUAAGGUACCGAAGCAAGUUGCAUUGGCUUUUGGAAGGAGGACUCUUGCUAGAUGUCGAAAAUUUGCAAAAUCAGGUGUAAGUUGCUUCAAUGUGCCUCCCCUUCGAGAUAUCCUUUUUGCUCCACGGGAAAUUGAAUUGGAGCCUACAGCUUCUGUUGCCGGGCCAGUUACUAACACCACCACCAAGUAUCUGGGAUUCCAUAACCCCCACCAAGAUUCAAGGCUAUCAUCGGAUGAGGCUUUUGCCAUAAAUGGACCAAUAUCAAACAGAGGGAGGAAGAAAGAACUGUUGCUCGAUGAUGUUGGCACCGUUUUGGGUGGGACAACCGGAAAGAGAUACGAGCGGGAUGUUGCCAAAGCUGGAUAUGCAUACCACGGUGAGAGGAAAACUAAACCAAAACCAAAACAAAAAUUGUCUCAACCACCGGCAUCCGGGAACGGAUACGUUAACCAAUUCCCGAGAACAUUACAUCCUGUUCAGCCUUCACCAAACGGACCUAAUCAUAAUAACGGUGACAAUAGAAGGGACGUGCGACACAGUCGUGGCCCACAAGAAACGUCGAAAGAGAGUACGGAAAUCAUCAACUCCACAAAUUUAUCGCUUCAAGAUUUGGACCCGAUGGAUGAAUUAGGCGUAGGCACAGACCUUGGCGGUCCACAGGAUCUGAGUUCGUUGCUUAACUUUGACGAAGAGGAGUUGCAAGACCAUUAUUCAGCAGGACUUGAAAUACCGAUGGAUGAUCUUUCAGAACUGAAUAUGUUCUGAUAUUGUUUUCGAAGGUAUUAACCGAUAAAAGCGUGACGAAAUUGUUUUUCUUUGAAAAAUGUAUAUUUAUUGUGGAUUAUUUGGACUAAUACAAGAAAAGUAAGAUAUGCCAUGUAACCUCCAUUUGUAAUUAUGGUAUGUUUAUUUUACGUAGUUUCAUGUUGUAAAAACAAUGGUCAUCUCUGAAAAGUAUUUCUAUUUUUGAAAAC